AUGUAUGAACUCGUUGAGAGAGAAGAAAAAAACCAGAAUGCAGAUCCUACUACUAACGAACUUUUUAUUAUGGAAGAAGGUGGCAUGCAGAAACAAUGGCAAAAGAUCCCGCAAAUUACCAUAAAUUCUGCGGCUGCCGGAGACAAUCAGUUAACCCAUCCAAGUACUGGUACUGGGGGUGCAUUUGCGGCCAUUGGGAAGCAUCGCCUUGCGUCGCUUGAUGUUUUUCGCGGGCUGACAGUCGCUUUGAUGAUACUUGUGGAUUAUGCUGGUGGAAACUUUCCAGCAAUAAAUCACUCACCUUGGAAUGGCCUAACUCUUGCCGAUUUUGUUGUGCCAUUUUUCUUGUUUAUCGUGGGAAUGGCGGUCGGAAUAACUCAAAAGAAACCUACCAGCAAAUCUGUUGCAACUCGAAAAGCUGUACUCCGGGCACUUAAGUUAUUUGUUUUGGGGAUUGUGCUUCAAGGAGGCUACUUUCAUGGACUCGGUGAUCUAAAAUAUGGAGUUGAUAUAGAUAAAAUCAGAUGGAUGGGAAUAUUGCAGAGAAUUGCACUAGCAUAUCUGUUAGCAGCACUUUGUGAGAUUUGGCUCAAGGGCGAUGAUGAUGUCCAUUCAGGAUCAUCUUUGCUGAGAAAAUACCGACAUCAAUGGAUGGCAGGGUUCAUACUUACAACCAUAUAUUUGAGCCUCUUGUACGGUUUGUACGUUCCUGACUGGGAGUAUCAAAUUUUAGACAGCAGCUCUUUUCUUGCAUCUGUGACACUCUCAAUAAAAUGUGGAGUUCGGGGUGACUCUGGACCUGCUUGUAAUGCUGCUGGCAUGAUUGAUCGUAAAAUUCUUGGAAUUCAGCAUAUGUACCGUAAACCAACUUACGAACGGAUGAAGCAAUGCAGUAUACAUUCUCCAGAUUAUGGCCCACCUCCUCCUAAUGCUCCUUCAUGGUGUCAAACCCCAUUCGAUCCAGAGGGACUUUUAAGCACCAUGAUGGCCGUUGUAACUUGCUUGAUUGGAUUGCACUAUGGGCAUAUUAUCGUUCACAUGAAGGAACACACAGAUAGGAUUCUGAACUGGCUGAUUCCAGCCUCUGCCCUUGCAGUCACAGGCUUUAUUUUGGAUUUCAGUGGAAUGCAUGUAAACAAGGCUUUGUACACUUUCAGUUACACUUGUGUCACUGCUGGUGCGGCUGGCAUUCUAAUUUCUGGCAUAUAUGUUCUGGUUGAUUUGUAUGGAUAUAGGAGGCCUACAAAAGUGUUGGAGUGGAUGGGAAUCCAUGCUUUAAUGAUAUAUAUUCUUGCAGCCUGCAAUGUCGUUCCAGUUGUGCUCCAAGGAUUUUACUGGAGAAAAACUCAAAAUAACAUAUUGGGAUUUAUUGGCAUCAGACCGUAGUGGGAGGAGAGCAGUUUUUGCAGCGUUAUUCAGUAUGCUGUCUGACUUCUAGAUGGUUUUAUAUCUUGUA